AAACGGGCGCCACUGCUUCCCCGAGCGGAGCCGACGCGCUUCAGCCAAACCCGGCGGAAGAAAAGCGCACACAACCAGAACAACCCCCGAUGGGUCAUCCUCACCGUCAUCUGGACCCUCAAACUGGAUUGUAGCUACGUGCAGGGGGCGCUUUAAAAACUGAGCUACUUUUGUUGUUUUUUUUCUAAGCGACUUGUCAUUUGGAGAGUUUCUCUCCUCCUCCUCUCUCUGACAACAAACCAAGAAAGAAUCGCGCAGCGAUGACAGCCGUGAUUCCUUCACCAAUAAGUUGCUGAGACUUCACCCUCCGUCGAUCUUGCAUCUGAUUGCUGACGCUUCUAGAAAUAUGCAAAGAAGAUACAGGAUGAAGUUGGUUUUAAUAGCAGCCUUACUUGGACUGGCCGGAGCUGUGGCCUCUCAGCUCAACUGUCCGUCGGGCCAGAACACGACCAGCGGAGAAUGCUGCAGGCGGUGUCCACCCGGCGAGGGCGUCGUCACGCCCUGCGGCGCCAAACAAACAGAGUGUGCGGCGUGUCUUGACAGUGAAACCUUCUCAGAAAGCUUCAGCCACACAGAGGAAUGUCAGCUUUGUACAAAAUGCACAGGCCUGCUCCGCAUGAGCACGCCCUGCACCGACACCAACGACGCCAUUUGCACAUGCAACUAUGGCUACUACCAUAGCAAAAUCACGGAGCGGUGUGAAGCCUGCACCAAAUGUCCCGAAGGCCGGGGCAUGCUGUACAGCUGCGAGUCGGACCACGACACGGUGUGUGAGUCGUGCGACGACGACACUUUCUCGGACCAGGAUAAUUUCAGGGACCCCUGCAUCCCCUGCACAACUUGUGAUGAGGGAGAUGAGGUGCUGCAGGACUGCAGUCCUGUCAGCGACACCAUUUGCCAAUCAAACUACCCAACGCAGACAUCCACGCCUUAUACUAGUUUCCCAGGGAUGUUUGAGGAAUACAAUACCCUAGAAAACCUCCCACCAGAGGCACCUAGUCCCAACACCACCACCGCCACCGCCAAUGGAGACUCCAAAGAAAGGCUCUACCAGGGGAUUAACGACAAACUCAUCCCCAUCUACUGCUCCAUCCUGGCAGCUGUCGUCGUGGGUCUUGUGGCCUUCAUCAUCUUUAAGAGGUGGAACAGCUGUAAGCAGAACAAGCAAGGAGCGAACAACUGCACGACAAACCCGAACCAGACUCCGUCUCCAGAGGGGGAGAAGCUCCACAGCGACAGCGGCAUUUCUGUGGACAGCCAAAGUCUGCAGGAGCAGCAGGGCCAGACUCAGUCACAAACAGUUGUGACCAUCGACGAAGAACCGUGUCUGCUCCUUCCUCUCCAUACCAGAGAGAAAGUGGAGAAGCUGCUUUUCCAGGGCAGCGAAGGGAAAAACUGCGACCACAUGCAGGACAGCGACUGGUGCAACCUGGCAGGCCUCCUCGGUUAUGAGGAAGAGCGAAUUGCGACCUUCCAGCAGGAGGAGCAUCCCGUCCGAGCGCUGCUGUCCGACUGGGCGAGGAAGGACUGUGCAAGCGUCGACGCUUUGUGCACAGCGCUCCGCAAGAUCAACCGUGACGACAUCGCGCAAAGUCUGGUACUCAGCCCCAGCGGCACAAAGCCCACUGCUACCUCUGUGGUGUAGCGUCUCCGUUCUUGUCCGAAACAACUUAACACCUGGACCUUAACAUUCAAAUAUUCCAAAUACAGCAACUUAGAUUAUUCCACAUAAUUCCUGCUGCAGCUGCUUGACACUAUAUCUUUAUGAUGCAAGUCAGAGAGAUGAUCCUAGAAACCCAUUACUCACGUUAUAAAUCAUUCUGAAUCUGAAAUAAAUUAGCAAAAAAAAGCAAAGUUAGGUUUUCCAAAUCAUUUAAACUGGCAGACAAUGGAAAACUAAAGCAAUUUAAAAAUAGGAAAGACACAUUAUACUUUAAAUUAUGGGGACAACAGGUUUAAAAUCCUCUGACUGAACUCGCCGUGGAGCAGUUGUCUGCUAUGAACGCAAACUUUUGUGGAUAACUUCCUCUUAGUUUUUUUCUGCUCCAUUCUUUUUUAUCUUCGUAUUUUCUGUGGGCCUUCCACUUAAUACAUUGUGUCUUUCUUUUUACGUCUAUGUUACUAAAGAAGCUGAAGUGUUUUUCAGGCCCAACCUGUUCAGCGACAUUAUUUACACGCCCUGUCAGACUUUUUAAAUUUAACUUGACAAGUGGCUUGCGUCUGUAACUACUGUGGCUGUUUCUUCUACUGUAUGAAGAAGAAUCUGGAUCGUCAGCCUGAGGAGGUUCUAAUGAGCUCAUUUCAAGUGAACCUGUUUCCUCGCUCCCUUAUUAUUAUUAGUAUUAGAUAAAAGCUCAAAGCAGCAGUGCAUGAGGAUGUUAUCUCCACGUCACUCCAUCUACUUCUGCUGACUCUUGUUUUAUUAAUUCUCCCUGAGGCGCUGUAAAAAGUGCAGCCUGUUGGUAUGUAGGCCUUGGCUUGCUUUUAACCGCUCAAACAUCAUUCCAGUAUCACAGUUUCUCAUCCUUACCCUGAAAAUGGUAGAAACUCUGUAAAAAUCCUAUGUACUAUAUUUACAUGACAAACAAGUAGAUACAAAUGUAGAUGUAGUUGACAUACAUACACACCUACAGUCUGUAGCCCUGCAUGCAUGUACUGUGCUCAACAAACACACAUUUGCAUUCAAAAUUAAUGAUGAUAAAACGAGAAAGACAUUAUAUUCUGCCACUUAUAUGGCAUGGCGCACUCAACCGAGGGACCAUAUACUGUUUAUUGUUCAUAUUUGUGGCAAUUUGUUCAAUGAUCUCUAAAGUCUUUGGUUGCUUUUGUUGGUAACAGGCAGGAAAUAAUGCUGACUAACUUAUUGCUCUAUUUUUUAUGAACACAUAGCUGACUCAAGACAUACAGCUGCAGUCUACAAUAUAUUUACAACUUCCUCUGGUUUGACAUUUUGCUCCACACCUAGCAUUUUCACGCGUCUGUUUUACAUUCAAAGUCUAUGUUGAGGCGCGUUGAGGGCGCAUCAAAUUCGCUCUACCCGUUUUUUUCUGUUGCUGGCCUAUUUGUUGGACGCGUCAAACGGUUAGAUGCAUGAAACGCGCCGCGAUGGGACCUUCACGCACCUCCACGUAGACUUUGAAUGUAAACCAGACCCACCUGAUGCUCAAAACACGUUUGGUGUGAACGCACCAUGACUUUAGCAUUUUCCUCUGUUUUGAUAUGAUCCGUUAAUAACUCAGUACACACUUAAGAGGUGCAGCAGCCAAGACAGUCUCUCUUUUAGCUCAUUUCAAACCAUCAGAAACAGUUCUCCCUCCGCCAAAUAAACCCCAAAAAUGUAGAAUCUAGAAUAGAAUUCUCAGGGACGUUAAGUCAAAUCUCAAACGCUCAGCAACUGAAUAAACACGCUGCGACGUGACAAAAGAUGCCCUUAUUCUCGCAACUGACGAUCCUUAAAGCUGACUAGUUAGACACAGAAACUGGUCAGCAGAAAAGGAAGAAAAAAAAGGAGAGGGGAGUUUCACUUCUUUGUUUGGAACAACGAACGGCGGAUAAAAGGCAGGCCAGCUGAGACAAAAGCCACAGGAUGCAUGAGAGAAACGGAGAAGUCUCAGAUUACUUCAAUCAAUGCAAAGGAGAAACCCAGGCCUAUAUGUUAAACAACUUGUUCAGAAGUAAGCAUGUUGAUUUUUUUUCCUUGUUUUGUCUUUUUAUUUGAAUUUAAGAAAAUAUUUUCUUCAUCUCAUGGACACAAACGUAGAGUUAACUCACCCGACUCUCCAACUCGAAGCACACAUUACUAUUAUUCACUUGUACACUGAGCAUAUUGCUGGUCUAUUACUUUAUAUGAAGGUAUUCUUACUACUACUGCUAGUACUCCUAACAAGCAAUUUUAAAUGGUAUUACAUUUCUGUUUUUGAUUGUAGCACUUAAAUGUGUAAUCAUUUAUGUUUUAUGAAUCACAAGUGCCUGGGAACUAUUUCAGGUGUAUGUUGGUGUUGUACAUUUAUUGUUUUAAGGAAUUUGUAAGUGUAAUUCUAGUUUUUUUUUUACUUGUAAAUAAUUUGUCUUGAUCUUUUCUUUGUAGUUUUGUUGAAGCAUUGGAGGCAACACUAUAUAUACUGUAUGUAUAGUGUAAAUGUAAAUAGGCCUUAUGUUCUUACUGUCAGCGCUGUCCUUGUUUAUCUAAGUAAAUAGCAAAAGGAAAUUGACUUCAUUUAUAAUUAUAGACCAUCAAGUAAAUUAAAAUUUAGAAGACAAAAAUCAAAGUUAGAUUUAGAUAAUAAAAAAAAGAAGCAUUAAAUCUGAAAGUUAUCAGGUGUUUUAGCAAAUACACCUUAGUUGGUGUGGUUUACAAUAUUUUAUACAGAAACACACAAAGAAGAAAUUUCACAACCAAAGAGCAACAAUUUCUCAUAAAAAGCCUAAUGAAGCUAAAUGAGGCUUUUCUGUACUAUCCUAUUAGUACCAUAUAGUAAAUUUUGUUUAAUUGUGAAUAAGUUAUGAGAGGAGAUGCAUGCACCACUUUUAAACUCUGAAAAUCUGCAAUUAUAAGUUUGUUAAUGCAACUGCAGGGAGGCAUGGAUGUGAACUAUUUAUGCUAAUUUUACUACUUUACUCAAUUUCCAAAUUGAAAAGGCAAGCCUUCUUUCCUCUAAAAUAAAAAGUAUUUUAUCAUUUAUGUCCAGAUGAGGUCAUCUGCAUACGUAUUCAGUUCUGGUGGUUGUGUUGUAGUAUCCAUACAUGUGCACUAUUACCAGUUGUAGCACAAAAAAACAUCAUAAUAUCACAUAUUACAAAUAAAUUACAAAACAUUCCCAGAUCAGAGUAUUUGAAACAUUUGCACCAGCAAAAGCAUAACUCAGUUUAAGCCUCUAGAUGAGCUACAAUAUUACAACAUCACAUAAAAAACACAUUAGAGAGAGAAAUUUUACUGAUCAUCUGUGUGUUUUGCAUGUAUCUUGGUUUAUUUAAAUUAUGUCAAACAAUAUAAAUGAUUUUUUUUUCUUGCCUUUUCUGCCUAAGACGCUGGUCUACCUGUACAGUUGAAGGUGAAUGUGAUGAUAUUGCACUUGAGACACAAGUUACAACCUAAUUAUGCAAAAAGGGACUGAUAAAUAUAGGUUGGAGUGAGAGAGUAAGGGUGAAAAACUGUGUUUUUGGUUAAAAAAAACCAAACCCUGAUAGAAAACAGUGAUGAGAAUGACAGUAAACCAGGAAGGACUGAAUUGUACAGAAACAGUGAAUGUUCCAUGUAUACUUACACAUAUACUGUCCUAUACUGAAUGUGAAUUUGCUUUAAGUUCUUCAAUAGACAAGCAGUAAAUAAAGCUCUUUAAUUCA